UCCUCUUUAACCAUAGCGUAGCUAUUUCGUUUUUAUUAUGCCAUAAAUGUUGGGUGAACAUUAGGGAGCAUUUUAACCCUUCAUUUUUUGUGGAACAUCCACAUUUUUUAUUGACUAGCUAAAUACCCAUGCUUUGCUACGGAUAAAAAUGACUUACUGCCAGUUGCAUUGCCUUCGCUGAUUUCUUAUGUUUGCUGGUCAAGAUACACAUUUUGUGAAGUAUGUAGCUGUGUUUACUGAUCCAAAUGUGAAUCAGUUUGUCAUAGGUCGGAUUUAGUUACUCCUACAUUUUAAUCAUAGUUGUGUAGAACAGAUCAAUAGGUGUUCUAACACAUACCAAACUGUCUGGCGAGGUUGUGUACAACCAAAUUAUUUAGACCAUGUUUGUGACUCUGUGAAUCAGUCAAGUGUGUCUAAUUAUUCAGCCUAUGCUAAUUUUCAGGAGAAUUUGAUGAGUCUUGAAGCUAUCUCGAGCAACUCAGCUCAUCGGAAUUAUGAUAUGGAGAGAAGGGUAGAUGCUCUACAUUCAGAUCUGCAAAAGCUAUCAAACGAACCAAGACCAGCCAAAGAACUGUGGCUGUAUCUGUGAGAUGAACUGGACAUUUUAUUCAAUGUCUACGAGGAUGUCAAGUGUUAUGGGAUACUACUUUCUCACUAAAUUGUGCAUAAUCAAUAUUGUUCUUUUGGCACACAUCUUUUUCUUAUAUUCUGAACUAAUUAUAUGUAGGAUUAUUUACAAUAGUCUGAAGACUUUAUUCGCUGCCUCUUGCUGGCAGGAGAAUUUGACGAGUCUUGAAGCUAUCUCGAGCAACUCAGCUCAUCGGAAUUAUGAUACGGCGAGAAGGGUAGAUGCUCUACAUUCAGAUUUGCAAAAGUUCAAGAUUAUGAAGCAGGUUGUCGACAUAGUCUUGAUCGCCUUCCUUGUUGUGGAAUUGGUAUUGGCUGGUUUGUGUGAACAAGGUUACAGGAGUAAUUUAGAACAAAUUCUGGAAGCUGCGUGUUGUGACCUCAACAAAAUAUCAGCAUGCCUGGAACCUUGUGCAACAACUGGAUAUAAGCAGUUCAAGAUUACGAAGCAGGUUGUUGACAUAAUCUUGAUCGCCUUCCUUGUUGCGGAAUUGGUAUUGGCUGGUUUGUGCUUGAAAAUCAGUGCAUUUUGUUGGAAUCAAAUCAUCAUGUUACUGGGAUUUGAAUUAUGGGCAGAGAAAUAGACAAUUGUUGCAUGCAUUACUUGGAUAUCAAGCAUUGGGAUCAAAUUUCUAGCUUGAUCCUGACUGCUGCACCCACUGACUCUGCGAAUCACCGGGCACUCGACACCUGAAUUUUUCGCUUCAAUAUCACUUCAAUGUUUUCUUAUUUUCUGUUCUCUAAAUUCACAUUUGGAGAUAUCAAUUUUUAAUUAAUUUGGGUAGGACCUAACUAUUUAAGUUUGCGGGUGAACUAAUUUCAGGAUUUGUUUUUACUGGUGAAUUGUGAUGCCAACUUCCAUCAAUAUGCACUAAAGGGGUUACCUGCAGGUGUGAAGUCUUCCUCAGCCCUGGUCCCGGCACUGACCAAAACCCGGGAACCGACCAUGACUCCCACUUCCUUGGAGGUGAAGAAACCGGAAGUCUUCGUUAUUAAAUGCUAAAGAGACGCGGAGCUCUCCGUCCAUGCUGUAACGAGACGUUACCUACUUCAUGAAAAGGCGCGCCGUCACCACACACCCCUAGAUUAUGAUGUCAUAUUUUUCUAACCAUCCUAUUACGUGCGCAUGUGUGUCCAUUUUUUUGCUACCAACAGAAGUUUGUGUCGUGAGAUCCUGCACCAUACACGUCGAAGUAAAAAGGAGAGAAUUUGAUGAGUCUUGAAGCUAUUUCGAGCAACUCAGCUCAUCGGCAUUAUUAUACGGAGAGAAGGGUAGAUGCUCUACAUUCAAAUUUGCGAAAGGUUGGGAUUAGCCCUCUAAUUAAUACUGCAUUUAGCAGGCUGGGAUUAGCAAUCACGCUCGCAAGCCUUUCUCUGUCGCACAAACACGUUUCCCACGUCGCACCCUGGCGACAUAACCGCGCUCCUCAUGUCGCACCUCACUUUGCCGCCACCGAUUCUCCAUGACCUCGCCCGUUGUAGUUCUGCUGAUUCUCCCCGACCUCGCCCUCGGUCGCAACUGCUGCGCUUCUCCCUUACCCAUUGCCGCCACCGCGUUUCUCCCAACCUCACUAUCUGCCUCCGCCCGCAAACUCUGUCGGAAACUCGAUGUAUGAUAAGAACAUAUGGACUCUACCA